GCCACAUUUUAACUGUCAACUGUCAAAUAGCAGCCGAGCAUGAUCACGACGUUUCUCGAAAAUUUGUGAAUGUGAAUAAUUUCUAAUCAACCUGCCGCAGUAAUCGCUAAACGAAAACUUACACUUUAAUUUAACUAAGUGGUACACCAAGCUGUUGUCCAAAGCUUUUGCGAAAGAGUUUGUGUCAUAGAAAUCUGACAAGUGCAGUUCACAGUGUUAUUUCAAUCGAUUCGGUGAUCUCACAAAGACUUGAAUCAUGGCUAAAUGGGGAGAAGGUGACCCACGAUGGAUAGUGGAGGAGCGUCCCGACGCUACCAACGUCAACAACUGGCACUGGACGGAGAAGAACGCUGGACCCUGGUCUAAAGACCGACUGAAGGAACUUCUAACUAACUUAAACAUAACCCAAAACGGUGUGGACUGUAAGAUAUCGGAGGUGGAAAAGAUUGACGGAGAGGCGUCGGCGAACAACAGGAAAGGGAAGUUAAUAUUCUUCUACGAGUGGAACCUGAAAUUGAAGUGGGAGGGCCGCAUCGCGGGUGGUAGCGAUGUCAUCAAGGGCGAAAUAGAAAUACCUAAUUUAUCAGAAGAAAACGAUAUUGGCGAAGUAGACAUAACUGUGACAAUCAAAGGAAGUGGUGAAGAAGCCCAAAGAGUAAAAUCCUUCAUGCACAACUACGGCCGAGACGAAAUACGGAAGCAACUCAAAGAGUACAUCCGGAGCCUCAAAGAGGAGUUCUCAAAAGGCCUAAUUCUUCCCAAGAAGGGAGAAACAUCCGUCAAACCCGACAAUGUAUCCACCAUAACCAGCGGCUUCAACAAAAAGGUCAACAUGGAACCAAUAGUCUCAACACAGAAGUCAGAAGUAGGUGUUAAACUUGACACAAAAUCUAUUGAAAUAUCAGAAACGUUCCAAUGCAGAGGGAAAGAGUUCUAUGAUGCUUUGACGAGGAUAGAAAUGGUGACAGCUUUCACUCAAGGCCAUGUCAAGAUGGAGGCGGAGAAGGGAGGCAAGUUUGCGCUCUUUGGUGGCAACAUUACGGGUGAAUUCAAAGAACUUGUUCCAGAUAAGAAGAUUGUUCAGUACUGGCGGUACAAACAGUGGCCUGAACAGCACUUCUCCGAAGUCACUAUUGAUAUCAAUGAGAAGGACGACCACACGGUGGUGACGGUGAAGCAGCACCUGGUGCCCUCGGCCGAGGUGGACAAGACGAGGGAGAACUGGAAGCGCUACUACUUCGAGAGCAUCAAGCGGGCGUUCGGCUUCGGAGCCUUCCUGUGAUCGGAUUUAGAUAAUCUAGGUUCAAUUUUAAUAUUAAGAGAUCGAUUACAUUGGAGACACUCAGUACCACAGUCGGCGAGGAGCUUGUUUGCAGUUUUAUACGAUUCAUCUGUGAUGAACUAAUUUUCCGUUAAACUUAGUAUUUUUUCUAACAAAAAGUGUUUGCUUACUAUAUUAUUGGUUUAAAAAUAAAAAGCGAAACCACCUUGAGCUGUAUCUGUAAUGUUUGGAUGUUUACCAACCAACGAUUUUACAUUUUGUACGAUCUGUUUUUUACGAUUACACAGUGAAAAAUGCAUAAUCUCAAACAUAACUUCUAACUAUUUCAGUACAGAAUUUUUAAUGACUAAGUAUGUGUAUCUUUGUGAGAUAAAAUAUUUGCAAUGAAUACUUAUGGCUUUUUGUGAGAUUAGCGAUAUACAAAUUACAAUAUUUUUUUUGUACACUAAGGCCAAAACCGAGAUACCUACCUACUCAAACAAAAACGUUUACGUUCCAAAAUAAACAUGCCUCAAAAUAAUUGCAAAUAUACUAUUGAUUUUCUUUUUACCCACCAAAAUUGAUACAAGAUUAUCUUGCUAUAAUGAUUGUAUGAUGAUUGAGGAAUUAGUGAAAACUUUUUCUUAGUUUAUUUAUAAAGCUCCAAUAAAUUAUGCUAGAAAACUA